AUGUGCGCUGAUAAAGAAAUUGGAGUUGUACGAGACAUUGGAGUCCGUUUCAAUAUGGCGCUUAAUUCUCUCUCAGCAGAUGGGACAUCGGAAUUCUCUAAUUAUUUUAGUCGACGCCAGUAUUUACCGCCGACCGAUGAAAUUUCUUACACAUUAAAGUGCAACGGAUCAAAAAAGACUGUUAUACGAGCAUGGACAGCCUGUGGAAGAAAUAGUUCUAUAGCGUCUGUAACCGAUCCCGAAACAUACUGGAACAAGAACACCAUCUGCAAAAUAAUUGAUCAGGAUAAAGUAUUAUUAAAUAACGCUCAAUUACUAAUUGAUAUAGAUCCAGUAAGUUUCUACCAUUUGAAGGAAAAGAAUAUCGGCGUAUUGACAAUGUCUUCAGUGGGGUUUAGCGACCUUAUGCCAGGCUUCCGAAAAUUUAUUGAUAAAGGCGUGAAAAAGAUUAUUCUUGAUCUGACCAAUAACGGUGGUGGUGACAUAAUUGAUGCACAUUACUUUAACAAUCUUCUCUUCCCUCGAACAGACCCUUCUUUUGACACCGAUUUUAGGGUCAGUGAACUCAUGCGAUUGAGCAUCCAAAAAUCAAAUAGUUCAGAUUUUAUAACGUACCCCGGCAUUUGGGAUGAUCCGAAAACAAAGAAACCAUUUAAGAAUGCCACGACAUUCAUUGGAAAUAACACAUAUACUCGCGGUGGAGUAUCAGAGAGUUAUACUUCGCAUUUCAUUGAAUCGAAAAAAUCUUCUUUCAAAAUAAAACAACUCCCAUGGAAGGCGGAAGACUAUGUUAUCCUAACGAAUGGAUUUUGUGGAUCAUCAUGCUCAUUGAUCGCCACCCACCUUGCCGAGGAAAACAAUGUUACCACCGUUUCUGUAGGCGGUCUUUCCAAUACCCCGAUGGCAUAUGCGUCCUUUACCGGCGGACAAGUAUAUCAGUCAAAUUUUAUCACAAGUGAUCUAGAAAGACUUGGUCUCAGUAACAAUUCACUUGCCCCAAGUCAUUUGCCAAUAA